AUGGAGAUGUCCAGGAGACAAUCUCCAAACCUCGCCAUCUUUCUCAUGUCCACUGUUCUCAUCCAACACUUCACCGUCGUACUAUCGAUCGGCGUCAACUAUGGCACCCUCGGCGACAACCUACCACAACCGGCCCAAGUUGCUCAAUUUCUCAAAGAAAAAACUUUCAUCGACCGGAUCAAGCUCUUCGACGUCAACCCAGACAUCCUCCGAGCCUUCGCCGGUACCGGAAUCUUAGUCACAGUCACCGUCCCCAACGGCGAAAUCCCCAACCUCACCGACGUUCGAUACGCUCGCCGGUGGAUUAAUGUCAACAUCAAACCGUUUUACCCACAAACUAAAAUCAACUACAUAGCCGUCGGCAAUGAAAUCCUCCAUUGGGGACCUCAAGAACUGAUAGAUAAACUCGUUACUGCUAUGAGAAGUCUUCAUCAUGCUCUGAGUCUCUCCGGUAUUAAUGAUAUUAAGGUCUCAUCGCCUCAUUCUCUGGGCAUACUCGCUUCUUCUCAGCCACCAAGCACGGCACGGUUCAGAUCCGGUUGGGACAAGGGAACUUUAGCCCCAAUGCUACAGUUUCAUAGAGAAACCAAGUCACCUUUCAUGGUGAACCCUUACCCCUAUUUCGGGUACAGUCCAAAAAUGGCGAAUUUUGCUCUUUUCCGGCCCAACAGAGGCUAUUUUGACAGGUUCACGAACAAGACCUACACGAACAUGUUUGAUAUGUUGAUGGACGCUGUGUACAUGUCGAUGAGGAGAUUGGGCUAUGGCGAUGUGGACAUUGUUGCAGCGGAAACUGGGUGGCCGUCGCUGGGUGAAACUUUUGAGCCACAGUGCACUGUUGAAAAUGCAGCUUCGUACAAUGGGGGACUUUUACGGCAUGUUAGCUCCGGCGCUGGUACGCCAUUAAUGCCGGGACGGAAGUUUGAGACCUAUAUUUUUGGAUUGUUCAACGAGAAUCAGAAAUCGGGUUCGUUGGCUGAGAAGAAUUUCGGGCUUUUCCGGCCAGACUUCACACCGGUGUAUGAUAUCGGAAUUAUGCGCGGAGGACCAGUCCAGCCUCACCCUACUCCAAGUCCAGCACUACCAGCAGCACCAUCAAAGGGCAAAAAAUGGUGUGUACCAAACCCGAAGCCAGCGACGCAGCAUUGCAGGCCAACAUAG